AUGAUUUUAAAUAAUGAAUUAAACUUGAAUGAUUAUGAUUUAGAUUCAGAGGAAUUUAUAGAAUACAAAAAUUCAUUGUUAAAUUAUAAAAAAAAAUUUCUCCUUUAUUGUUUAAAUAUAAAAAAUAGGAAUAAAUAUUUUACAAUAAAUAAUAAUUACAAAAAAUUUAAGAGUACUGCACUCUAUAUAGAUGAAAAUAUUCAUUCAAAAUUUUAUUUUUAUGAAAAUAUAAACAAACAUUUCCUAAAAGUUAUCAAUAAGAAUUUUAAUACACUUUUACAAGUUAAAAAUUAUUAUAUAGAAUUGAAAUAUGCAAAAUGUAUAAAAUUAAAUAACACAUAUAUAGGUUUGAAAAAAGUAAAAAUAAAAAAUACAAAAAAAUGUUUGUAUGACUUCUUUUGUUUAUAUGAUUUAAGGAAUUUAUAUAAACCAUUUUUAGUAUUUUUAUCGAGUUACUUAGAUAAGAGUGAGUAUUCAAAUAAUUUCGAUUACAUAAAAUUAUUGUGCAAUAUCUAUUAUAGUAGAUGCCUAAAGUUAUAUGAAUUUAUUGAAAAUUUAAAAUUAAAUAUAUUAGAAAAAUAUAAACUAAAAUUAUGUUUAAUUGAAAGUUUUUAUUUUAUUCCCAAUGAAAAGACAUAUCAUGCAAUUAUAUUAGUUAAUCUUGAAAACUAUUCAAUAAUUGAUAUUAUAACAUGGAGAGGAGCAUAUGUAAUUUCUGAUAACAAAAAAAAGUUAGCAAAAGAACUUUCAUAUGAACAGAUAAAAUCGAAACUAAAAAGAAUUAAGACUUAUAAAAAUACAUAUAUAAAAAGAAAUAAUAGAGAAUACUAUAAUUUUAAAGAAAAGGAUUUAUUUUUUAGUGAUUCAUUUAAUAUAUAUAAAUUAUUAAAUAUUAAAGAAAAUGAUAAUUUUGAGUUGUUUUAUAAUUUUUCUUCUGAAUAUUUAGAAAACACUAAAACAAUUAAAAAAAACUUGGAUAACUUGUCAAUUUCAAAUGAACAUAGAAGAAAGUAUGGUUAUAAAAAUGAAAAUAAUUUAUCAUAUAGAAAUUUAAAGAAAAAAAAAAAAUCAUACUCUCCUUUAUCAUAUAAAUUGAAGAAUUUAAAUCUAAAAAAAAUAUAUUUAUUAAAAAAAAAAAAAAAUAUGCCAUAUAUGCAUUUGAAAGCAAAUAAAUCUUGUAGUAUGAAAAACAAGAAAAAGCAAAAAUUUAAUUUUAGGAAGAAUUUACUAAAUGGUGAAGAUUUAAUUAAAGCACAUAAGCUUAUCACGAAAUUAAAAAAUAUAUACAGUAAGUUUAAAUUUAAUAAAAAAUUAUUAGGACUCAGUUUAAUAAGGAAUUAUUAUUAUGAAUUAAAAAAAAAAAAGGAAAAUAUAUUUUUAAAGAAAAUUAAAAAUGUUCGAUCCCUUGAUUUAAUACUAGACAAUAAAAUUGAAGCAAUUGAAAAUCAGAAAUUAUAUAAAAUUAGGAAGUAUCUUGAGUAUAUUAGAAAAAAAAAAGUUAUAAAAAUUUCAGAUAAGUUUCCAGAUAUUAUUUGUAUUUACUCCAAAGGAGAAUUUAAAAUUAAAAUUAUAAAAAAUUCUUUAAAAAAAAAAAGGAGAAAUGUAGUAGAAAAAAAUUCGGAAAAAAUAUUUUUAGAUGAUUUAAAUAAAGAUUUAUAUAAAAAUAUAAGAUUAAGUGAAAGAGAAAAAAGAAAUAGAGAAUUAAUAGAACGUGUUGCUACAACAGAAAUCAAUAAACAUAAGGAAAUAACAAAUUUAAUUAGAAAAAAAAAAAAAGUAUAUAAAGCAUGGAUUAUUUUAAAAAAAAAGAAAGUCUAUGAAUUGAAAAUAAAUGACACAAUGAAAAUAGGAGAAAUUAUAAUUAAAAUAGUAAGAUUUGAAAUAGGUAAAUGCUGUACAAGAGGAAUAAGAAAGAAUUUAGAAGAUAGAUUUAAUUUAUAUGAAAAUGUAAGAAUAAAUGAAAACGAUAAAUUAAUUUGUUCUUUUAUUGGUAUUUAUGAUGGAUAUAAUGGUUUAGAUUGCGUUGAAUAUAUAAAAAAAAAGUUAGUAAAAAACUUUCAGAAGCAAGUUUUUUAUAUAUGUGGAGAUAUAAUAUUAUCAGAAAAUAUAGACAAUGACAUUAAAUUGUCAAUAUAUAAAACUUUUAAAAAGACAGAUGAUGAUUUUUUAUAUAAUAUAAGGGAUAACAAUAAAAAUUCUGGAUCUACUGCAAUUAUAUUAUUGAUAUUAAAUCAAUUUUGUUAUAUUAUAAAUUGCGGGGACUCAAAAGCUUUACUAAUAAAAAAAAAUGAAGAAUUCUUCUUAAGUAGGUCUCAUAAGCCUUAUUCUCAUGAAGAAUAUAAACGGAUUCUUUUAUGUGAAUCUUAUGUACGUAAAAAUAAAAUAGAAGGAAAAUUAUCUAUUACUAGAUCAUUUGGUAAUUAUAAAUAUAAAACAUAUAAAAGAAAUUUUUUUAAAAAGUUUCAAAAUUCUUAUUUUGACAGUAAUAGGAAUGCAUUCGUUAAAUUUAACUUAAAUGGUUGUAAAAAUCAUGGUAUAUCCAGUUUUUUUUUAAGCCUAUAUAACCCUAUACUCUUUAAUACAAAUAAAAGUGACCUUUAUAACACUCGUUCAAAUAACUUUAAUGUAAGUAAAAAUGAUUUAUAUAAAACAUAUUCAAAUAAUAUUUCAUCAAAUAAGAAUGAGAAACAUGGAUAUUCUAUAGAUAAAUUCAUAACAGGAGAUUUUAGUAAUAUGCAAAAAAAUGAAGAAAGAAAAUUGAUUAAAAAUGAUAUCAUCAGUAAAUCAUCAAAUAAAUUAAAUGCAGAACAUAGGAACAACUUAUAUUUUUCUUAUCAGAAUAAAAAGCAUGAAGUAUUCAAGAGAAAAGAAUUAUCAAUGAGCCACAAUAAUGUGAUUAAUAAAUUUUUUCCUUUUUUUAAAAAAAAAAUUAAUUCUUUAAAAGAAAAUUCACAUUUUAUUUAUAUAAAUGAAAUGCCUGAAAAUGAAAAUUUCAAUAUAUUUAAUUAUUUGAGUGUUUCAAAAGAAACUUACAAGAGUAUUAAAAAUAUUUUUAAGAAAAAUAAUUCACUGAAAAAAAGAAAAAAUAGUUCAAAAACUUUACAAAAUAAAUAUAAAAAUAAAAAAGAAACUUUUUUAAAUAUAAAAAAUGUUCAAUUAUUAGAGCUAGUGAACAAUGUAAAUUAUUCUAAAUUAAAUUCAAUGAUAGAUAAUUUUAUUGAUUAUAAUUUUUAUAAAAAGCAAUUAGUUAUAUGUUUCCCUGAUAUAAAAAAAUUAAAAUUAACUAAGAAUGAUGAUUUCUUUUUUUUGUCUAGUGAUGGAUUGUUUGAUGUGUUAAAUGCACAAAAAAUUAUAAAUUAUAUUAAAUCAUCACAACUAAAAAAAAUUAAGUUCAAGAAGAUUGUUAAAAAUAUUGUAAAAUAUGCUGUUAAGGUGAAAAAAUGUAAAGAUAACAUAACAAUAAUAUUACUUAAUUUGAAACACCAAAAACGUUCUAUAUUAUAA